AUGGACAGUGAAGAUGAGCAUAUCGAGAAGAAGAUCAAGCGUGAAGAUACGGAAGACGAGACACCGGCCGGAAUACUACCUGCCCCUGACCCGCCGACCGCUUCAGUCCCUAUUUUGCGGAAUGAGAAUUGGACCCAGUUCCACGAGGUGCUUGGUGGUAUCUAA